AUGUCGGCUCCAGCUCCAAGCCCUGGCCCGCGCGGUGGCAGUAUUGGGCCAAAUAACCCACAGCCUCCCUCAGCUCAACAGCAGCCGAUCAGCAAUACCCACGCUUCUAGUAGCGGAACCCCUACUACUACUACAAGUUCGUCUCCCCAAGUCAUGUCACAACAAAACCUGAAUCAGAUUGUCAUUGAUUAUCUGGCGAAGAAAGGCUAUAAUCGCACGGAAAUGAUGCUUAGGAUGGAAUCCGCAAAUCAAGAAAUUGACGGGCGCCCCCUGCCGCCUACUGGUGAUGAUUCACGUGCAAGGUUUCGGCCUGCAUUUGAUAUGAUCAGGGCAUGGGUCGAGAAUAACCUGGACAUCUACAAGCCUGAACUCCGGCGUAUUCUAUGGCCUAUUUUUGUUUACUCGCACAUCAGCCUUGUGUCAACCCUAGCUCCAGCAGAGGCUCGUCAGUUCUUUGACACAAAUAAGGACUAUUUUCUCCCAGAUCACAGCGACGAUAUUCGCACACUAAGCCCUGUCACACUUCCAGAGCACCUGAACACCAAUGCUAUUGCAAAAACUUACCGAGAGAACAAAUAUCGUCUCACACUGAGCAAUCCUGCUUUUUCGAACCUUAUGCAAUAUCUCGAGAGCAAAGGCAAGGAAGGAUCAUUGGUAUCGGCAUUGCUUAGCAGUUACUGUACGAUAAUUACCAAAGAUCGUUCCUCCGAUGACAGGUUCAGUUUUGCAGCAAUGCUGGCUAGGGCCAAAGAUAUUGACGGCGGCCCACCUCUGGAAGAUGAAGGGAUUCCAGGUCAUCACCCCGGCUCCGCGUACACUGGUGAUAACCCCGCAAUGGCAGGCACUCUCCCACGCCUUAAACUUGGAAAACUUCCCCUCGAACCUGAGCUUGAAGGCGAUGUGAGAGCCGAGCUAGAAGAUGCAGAUACUAAGGAGCCCCCUCCUCCUGGAAAACCCUCUCUCGUCCAGCAUUUUGAACAAAUGAUCAAAAAGGAAGAAGACGUCGAGUCCCCUUCUCGCUCUGAUAUCCCAUAUCCGUCUUCACUUGCUCGAGAUGUCGCUAUUGAAGUUCAAAGGGUUAAGGAAAAUCGCGAUAGGUUCAAAAUUGAGAGCCGCACAGGUGGCGUUGGUCCCGCUAUAAGCGUUUGCAUGUUUACAUUCCACAACACAUACGAUGGAAUAAAUUGCCUCGACUUUUCGGGCGAUAGCAUGCUUGUUGCAGCCGGCAUGCAAGAUUCAUACAUUCGUGUAUGGAGUGUAGAUGGCCUUCCGAUACAGCCCACUUAUCCUGAACUUGAGGAUAAAGACUUCAAACCUUCGAAUUCUCGUCGCCUUUAUGGCCAUUCUGGACCUGUUUUUGCGGUUGCGUUUGCGCCAUCAAUUGCUAGUCCUGACGAGGCAGAAGUCAAAACAAAUACUCGCUGGCUUCUUUCGUCUUCUGGCGACAAGACCAUUCGAUUGUGGUCCCUCGAUCUUUGGCAAUGCAUGGUAGUUUACAAGGGACAUGACCAGCCCGUUUGGGACUUGGCAUGGGGUCCGUAUGGCCAUUAUUUUAUUUCUGGUGGUCAUGACAAAACUGCAAGGUUGUGGGUUACCGAUCGCAUUCGCCAACAACGAAUAUUUGCGGGUCACGAUCAGGAUGUCGACUGCGUUUGUUUCCACCCUAAUUCAGCGUACAUUUUUACUGGGAGCUGUGAUAGAACAGUUCGUAUGUGGGCAGUCACAACCGGAAAUGCUGUCCGUAUGUUUACGGGGCACACAGGUAACAUUACCUCGAUGGCCUGUAGUAAGGAUGGAAAGACGCUGGCAUCGGCUGAUGACCAUGGCUCCAUUUUCCUCUGGGACUUAGCACUCGGCAGACUUCUCAAGCGGAUGCGUGGCCAUGGAAAGGGUGGAAUCUGGUCGCUAUCUUGGAGUGCAGAGUCUACGGUUCUCGUGUCUGGCGGCGCGGAUGGAACCGUUCGAGUCUGGGAUGUUACGGGUCCUUCCAUGGACCCUACUAAUAGUCAAGGAAAAAUUAUCGGUGAGGGAGGAACGGGGACAAAGAUCGACGGUACAAACACGGCAGCUUCCUCUACAACUCAGACCGGAGCUGCAAGUGGAAAGAAAAAGGGAAAAGACGUCGUUGUCACCCCGGACCAGAUCAGUGCCUUUCCAACUAAGAAAAGCCCGGUCUACAAAGUCCAAUUUACAGGAAUGAAUCUGGUCAUCGCUGGCGGUGCGUAUCUACCAUGA